UCGACCCGCUCCUCCUCUUCAGCCUCCACUCGACCCACUCCUCCUCUCCGCCGCCGGCUCCUUCCUCUCACACCGCUGUCGACUCCUUCCUCUCUCUUCGUCGACGACUCCUUCAUCUCUCCAAAGAGAGGAGGGGAGGCUGUCACCGCCGGCUGCGCUCUGCCACACCAAGAAGUGAGAUGGCCGGCUUCGAAGGUUUCGAGUUCUUCGAGAUCGUAAUUGAGAAAUCCUGCAGUAGGCAGAGGCUGGCUGAAAAGUUUGCGAAGAUGCUUGCUGACCAUGAGCCCCAGAAAGUGAAGCUGCGGGAGGCCAGCAGCGUGCGUCGCGGGCUGUGGGACGUGUUGGUAGUGUUCGACGCCGACGGCCACAUGUACCUAGGGCCUGGCUGGGAGCAUUUUGCCCACGCCCAUGACCUGCAGCUCGGGCACUUCCUUGUCUUUCGCUAUGAUAGCGACGCCGUGCUCACUGUGAAGAUGUUCGACAACACCAUGUGCCGCAUGUACUACCAGCACGACAACGAUGCCAGCAAUGGGAGCAGCGGCGGGGGUGACGAGGAGUAGAGUGGGGAAGAAGAGGAGCAGAGUGGGGAAGAAGGGGAGUAGAGCGGGGAAGAAGAGGAGCAGAGCGGGGAGGUGCAGCCUAUUUUGGCUGACGACGACCUUGCUAUGGUGGUGGCUGACGACGACCUUGCUAUGGUGGUGGCUGACGACGACCUCGCGAUUGUGGUGCCUGACGAUGACCUCGCGAUGGUGGUGCCUGACGAUGACCUCGUGAUGGUGGUGGUGCCAGCAAUGCCACAGCUGGGCGACAGGACCAUGCCAAUUGUGGUAGAGGAGUACAUCCGCGUCGGCAUUCGCCACUCUAAGCGCAUCAGGAUGAUGAAGGAGAAGAAGGAGAAGAAGGAGUGAAGAUGUUAAGAAAUCAAGUGGCAAUGUUAAGCAUGUUAAUCUAGACAUGUCAAUGUUAAGUAUGUCAGGUUUAAGCUUGUUUGUGUAAACCUCUUAAGUAUGACAGUGUGAGCCAAGCUUAGAUUGAAAUUGAUGAGAAUUGACAUUUUGUGCAUGCUCAUGGAUGCUUAAGUAUGACAGUGUCAUCUAAACAUGUCAGUUUCUUAAUUAUGAAUAUUCAGUUUGGUAAUUAAUGGGAAUUGAA